AAAUGAAUGAGACUUUAGGCCGCGGGUACGCCCGUAUUGAGGCAAUCCGUGCCGCUAGGGGAGAGCCCCUGUCCUCGAUGCCGGACCCGGGGGCGCCGCCGCCGGACCGGUACAACUCCGUGUACCUGACACUCUUUGUUGCUGGAGCUGCCUUCUUACUGCCCUUUAACAGUUUCAUCAUGGCGGUCGACUACUUCCAGAUGCACUACCCCAACACGACGAUAAUGUUCGACAUGUCCACUGUGUACAUAGCGUCCGCCUGCGUCGCCGUCUGCCUCAACAACCUCCUGCUCGAUCUGUUCACCUACAACACUAGGAUCACUUUCGGAAUCCUAGUAUCGCUAGCAACCAUGUUGUUUGUGGCGGUAUGCAACAUCGGUUGGGACGGGUUUUCGACGCGCGUCUCCUAUACCAUCAACCUGGUCGCCAUCGGAGUGGUGGCGUUUGGCUGUACCGUGCAGCAGGCCUCGUACUACGGGUUCACGGGAUGCCUGCCUCCCAGAUACACCCAGGCUGUUAUGGCAGGAGAAAGUGCCGCUGGCUUUUGGGUAUCGGUGGACCGGAUUGUCACCAAGUACGGCUUUCGUCAGCCACAAAGAAGCACAUUCAUGUUCUUCGUAUUCUCUAUACUCAUCCUGCUGGGACACUCAAUGCUGCACCAUGUCAUGAUGCGCCAUCCUCUGGUGCAACACUAUCUGCGACUGACCAACGAGUCGAGGCAUAGGAGACGCAUUCAACUGCACUUGAACCCUAAUGAAGAUGCUACUUUGAUGGAAAGUGAGGCCGGAGAAGCAAGUUACGGAGUACUGAAACUUCAAAGUCCUGUACUGUCAACUACUGGACAAGGUGAAAUCGAAACAAAUGCGUUCAGCUUCGCCAACCCCGUUUACUCGCCAACUGCUGGCGCGCCCGUUCAGGCAGAGGGCGCUGUAGAGCCGUUUGGAGACGGCGUGGCUUCUGAGACCUCAUCAGCUCUACGCACCCCUCGGCCUUCCUACAAAGUUGAAGACGUCGUCUUUGAGGCUCCCGAAAGACCAACCUCAUGGAGGGCAUUCAAACGCGGCGUGUUGGCUCGCUGGGCGGUGGCCCGUGCGAUCUAUCCGUACAUGGUGUCUAUCGGGCUAGUGUACUUCACAACGCUCAGCCUGUACCCCGGCAUCGCGUCUGAGGUCCCCUCCUGCCGCCUCGGCACCUGGAUGCCCAUCAUACUCAUGUCCUCCUUCAACCUAUUCGACUUCAUCGGAAAAAUAGCGGCUGCUUGGCCGUAUGAGUGGAGUCGCAGUCAGCUGCUGAUGGCGAGCGGCCUGAGGCUACUGCUGGUUCCUUUGAUGCUGCUGUGCGCUGCUCCCAGGCAUUCACCGCAUAUCGUUGGAGACAUCUAUCCAAUACUAUUUUCCGUGGCAUUAGGUUUUUCAAAUGGUCUGUUUGGCUCCGUACCAAUGAUACUAGCGCCAUCUCGUGUCGGUCGUGAGCAUCGAGAGAUCGCUGGUAAUAUGAUGACAUUGUCAUACAACGGUGGUUUGCUGUCGGGCUCACUGGUGUCCUACCUACUGCUGGGCAUGCUGGGCCCGCCCGCCGGUGCCCCAUGCCGCGUGUACCCCACGCCACCACUGCCCACGCUACCACCAGCCACGCCACCAAAUAUAACCUUCGCUGUCACUGUAUCGCACUAAACGCUUAUUAGUACCUGACAUCGAUAAGAGAUGGCAGCACAUGUAACAAAAUAGCAUUAAUUUAUUAACCAGAACCAGAUAUUUCAAUUAGUUAAAUAAUAGAUAGCUACAAGUUAUAGGUACGUAAUGUGCUAGGAUUAGAAAUUAAUUGAAGAUUUUGAGGAACAAUAAUACGUAACUGAAAUUAUCAUACUUCUGCUCACCAAGUGGCGCUGCUGGUGAGUGAGGUCUUGUCAAUCGAAUUUGAUAAGUUGUGCAUAUCACAGUUGAUGAUAUUAAAUACUGUAGACGAUGACUUCAAGACCAAACUUGCUACCAGCGCCUCUAGUGAUGAGCUAAAGAACGAUAGCCCACAAAAACAUCGGCAAUUUAAUGAAUUAGUUUUUUUUACAACAACAUACUUAUAACAGGAAGGAAAUGUCUUUCCCAAUACCUAAUAUUUGACUGCUGAACUUAAUUUAUCGCCUAAAUUAAUAAGCGACUUACUCCCAAAUCAGAUAGGUAUCUAUUGAAUCAAAAUCAAAAUAGUUUGACAGUCAGUUUGUUUGACAGUUAGACAGUAACUCAAUAGAAACAAUAUUUAAAAUUGCCAUUAACUUAUGUACCUAAAUAGUUUGAAUUGAGGUCACGGACAUCAAUUUCGAACGCAAGUCUACUUAUUUAAAAAAAUAAUUUCAAAUACCAUAAACAAACAAUAUGAAGUUGUAAGUAUAUGUUAAGUAUUUGAAUAAUCUAGUCGUUUUACAAGAAUAAUAAUUGUAUAUUUUUUGAAUGUAGAUAAUUAAUUCUCGCAUUAAUUUAUUCAUUACAAAUCUUUGAAUGUAUAAUAUAAAAUAUUGCUCUGGUUUAUUUUUUCUGAAUUUAUAUUUCGAAAAAAAAAACAAUAAAAUGACUUAAGCCUGUAAUUAUUGAAUAAUUUUUAACACAUUGCUGAUUAUGUAAUUGUUGUCCCUAAAUAAUUAGGUAUGUUAUUAUGAAAUAAGCAUUUAUACUACAACUUAUAGUGGCUUUGACACGAAGGAGACUGUUUCAAUGGUUAAAUUAAAUUAAUAACUGUCAUACUCAGAGUCAUUUACGGAAAAUACUAAGGAAUAGUUUAAGUAAUCAUUAAAUGUCUCUGAGUGCGGCAGUUAGACUACUUAGGUACACUACAAAAGACAUGUACUUAAUGUUGUGAAUAUAAAUUAUUUGCUUAAUAUUUAGUUUAAAUAUUAAUUUAAAGUUUCAACUAAAUUAAUAUUUAAACGUAAAAGUACCUAAUAGUUAGGUACAAACGCCGUAUGUAUUAAGUAUGGUAUUCUUCUCAUCGAGCUCUUGCUAUUAAAGUUAUAUAGGCACUUUGCAAUGUAAACAACAAAAUAAUAUUGUGCACACAUCGGCAUGUGAAGCUAUGCCGAAACUGGAAAAUGUUUCAAUCGAUUUCCAACUUAAACAAUUUGUACUAAAGUCAAAAAUGUAUUGACAGAUCUGUAUAGUUUGAUGUGCUGACGCCUGUACUUUACACAAAAAACUUGUAAAAAAUUAAGCCCACUGAUUUAUAUGUUUUGCUUAAAAUGGAAUGGAUAAUGACAAAAUUCUAGUGAGACUGAAAAAAAUGUGAGGAGGAGGAAGGAGUGACUUAUGACUGUUGGAGUUAGAUAUGUAUUUUAACGUAAAUAUCAACUUUACUAUGAAAUGGCUACCUCUUGCUUUUCUACUUACAAUUUGUUCUACAAUGUAGAUAGAAAGUAUUGUACAUAGCACCUGUGUAAAUAAAUUUAACAAUUAAAUAGAUACAUAUCUGGAUA